AGCCACUUACACAAGCGGCCAGCCCACAAGCGGAGCCAUGGGGGCGUCUCAUGCAGUGGAGCUGAUCGCAGAGCAUGCCUCCCAGUCCCAGCCGGGGAUGCAGAGCAUCAUUUCGGGGCCACUGGAUGAACUUGACCCACCGGUCACUCCAGAAGAAGCCUUUGAAGAAUGUCUCGCGCUCUUGAAGUAUCCCCUGGAUUCAGCGUCCGAAUCGCUUCUGAAGGAGUUGAGCCUGAAGGAGACAGAUGAUUGCAACUUUACGCUCAAGGUCAUUUUGGACGGCAAGAAGCUGGAUGGCUACGGCUAUGGAAAGGGCGAUGGCACAGACAGAGUGAGGAAUUGGAAGAAGGUGUCGGCUGAUCGCUCCAAGCUUCGCAUCACCUGUGUGGAUUAUGUGGACGAGGGCAAGAUGGGAGCAUGGGUCACUGACGCCAAAGAGGAGCCAAUCACCCAGUGCGUCGUCAACAUGUUGAAGGAUCCCGGGCAGAUUGAGUUCUGCUUGGACAGGAAGGGCCAGCGAAGAGCAGAUCCCAAGUUCAGGGAUGGACUCUACGCCUGGUCUGAUGCAAUCAUCGGGUCCGUGCAGGCACAGAAGCGUGCGAAGGUGAAGGUGCAGCCGGAUGCUCCAUCCAUCCAAGAGAAGGGCCUCAAGAGCAUGGUCUCAGAGCCAAUGGAUGAGCAUGUCAGUUAUGACAAUUUUUUCCCUCAGCUGGUGAAGGCCGUGAAGACCCUCAUUUCUGGGGUGCCCAAAAUCAGCGUCGAGGAGGUCUCUGACGAGGAGCUUCGGGGAACCGCAGUGGACGAGAAGGGUGAGACCACCACGCACGCGGUGAAGUUCUCCCAGUCGGCCGGGACGCUCUGUUGGACGAUCACCGCUGGCGACAAGGUGAUGUCGCAAAUGCAUCGUGUGGUCCACCGGGACCCUCUGGUGAUGGAGGCAUGGGACAUUGGCCCGGAUGGAGCUCGCUCGUGCGGCAUUUCGAAAGCGAAACAGAUGCAGAAGAACAUCAAUGACGCUAUCGAGAAGGCCAACAGUUGGUUUGGCUGAGGGCAGCCAAAUGGCAACUUUUGAUGGCGCUGACGAUGCUCGCGCUGAAGCCAGAGGGGACAUGUUAGUGUGUUCCCAAGUCCUUUCUGCUCCGAGCCUCUAGAUGACCAAUCCUGGAA